UUGCAAAGAAAAAUCCAAAAAAAAAAUAAAAAAAUUUUAAAAAAAUUCUAUCAUCUUCAUCAUCAUCAACAAUGGCGAAUCAUCACCAAAAACCUCAUGCUAUUAUGAUUCCAUAUCCAUAUCAAGGUCACAUUACCCCUUUUGUGUAUUUAGCUAUAAAAUUAGCUUCACAUGGUUUCACAAUCACUUUUGUAAACACUCAUUAUAUCCAUUCUAAGAUUUCCAAUUCUCAAUCUAGAGAAAAUUCUCAAAUAAAAAACAAAGAUGAUCUGUUUGCUAGAGCUCGUGAAUCUGGGCUUGAUAUUCGUUACGCGACUGUGAAUGAUGGGUUUCCUUUAGGGUUUGAUAGGUCAUUGAAUCAUGACCAAUUUGUUGAGGGUUUGUUGCACGUUUUUUCGGCGCAUUUUGAUGAAUUGGUUGGGGAUUUGGUGAAAUCGGAUCCGCCGGUGACGUGUUUGAUCGCUGAUACUUUUUAUGUAUGGCCGGCGAUGAUUGCCGACAAGUAUAAUUUGGUUUAUGUUUCGUUUUGGACGGAACCUGCUCUGGUUUUUAAUCUGUAUUAUCAUAUGGAAUUGCUCAAGAAAAAUGGACAUUUUGCUUCUCAAGAUAAUCGAAAGGACACUAUAGACUACAUACCAGGAGUUAAAGCUAUUGAACCAAGAGACUUGAUGUCUUAUCUCCAAGCAACUGAUAUAUGGACUGUGGUGCAUAGGGUAAUCUACAAGGCCUUUACAGAUAUUAAAAAGGCUGAUAUCAUCAUUUGUAACACAGUCCAAGAACUUGAAUUUGAUACCCUCUCAGCCCUAAACAAAAACCAGCCCACAUAUGCUAUUGGUCCCAUUUUCCCAUCUGGGAAUUUCACUAAGGCCCCAUUCAGUAUUAGCCUAUGGUCUGAGUCUGAUUGCUCUCAAUGGCUCAACAACAAGCCCAAUUCCUCAGUCUUGUAUGUCUCAUUUGGGAGCUAUGCUCACACUAGUAAAGAAGACCUAUUGGAGAUAGCCCAUGGGCUUCAACUUAGUGGGGUGAACUUCAUUUGGGUCCUAAGGCCUGAUAUCGUUAGCUCGGAUGAGACGGAUUUCCUGCCUGUGGGGUUUGAGGAAAGUAUAAAAGAUCGCGGGUUGAUCGUGCCAUGGUGUAGACAGAUUGAAGUGAUAUCACACCCUGCGACUGGUGGAUUCCUGACUCACUGUGGAUGGAACUCGACAUUGGAAAGCAUAUGGUGUGGUAUACCGUUGAUUUGUUUUCCCUUGCUGACUGAUCAAUUCACUAACCGAAAACUAGUUGUAAAUGAUUGGAAGAUCGGAAUUAACCUGUGUGACAAAGAACGCGUUACACACGAGGAAGUAGCCGAAAAGGUUAGCCAUUUUAUGUGUGGGAAUAGUACUCAAGAGUUGAGAAAAGCAGUGAAGGAAGUGAGGAAGACAUUAGAGAAUGCAUUAGGACAAGAUGGAUCAUCUGAGAAGAAUUUUCAUCAAUUCAUGGAAAACAUAAAGGUCAAUGCAAGGAAACGGGCCGGGCUUUCGAAUGGGCAUGUUAGUCCAUUACACCAAAAUGGUGGGCUGGUCCAUUGAACAUUUGAAAUCUAGUGUUAAUUGUAAGCAUAUAGGCUAAAAGGCCUAAGUUGUAGAAAUAGCACUACCUAGCCACUUUUCGACCUUGUUUUUAGAAAGUUAGUCAUUGUUACAGAGUUUCAAAUUCGACAAGUGAAACUUCAGGAUAUUAUCGUGACGUUUUCCUUGUACAUUUUGGAACUCUAGGCUAUUGGCUAUUUUUUAGUUACAAAGAUUGA